AGAUGGCGUCCCAGCUUCUUGCGCCGAUCUCUUUGCGCCAGUUUACUCCCAGUGGCGCCUCGCAGUGUUGUGGAACCUGUCAGCGCUGCUCGGUGCCUGUCCACGUGCCUGUCCACGUGCCUAUCCGCACGGGUGGCUUUGACGACAUUGAGAAGGCUGCAGCUGUGAGUCAGAAGCCGUACUCAUCUGCCAUCGUUUGGGUCGUCUGGGUCCUUAUCGCUGUGCUCGGCUUAUAUCUUUCGUGGUACUUUCUGGUCGGCCCGUGGCUGCAACGCCGUAAGCAGCACCGCGCCAACCGGAGUGCGGCCCGCUUGAUCGCUCAAGAAGCCGCUGAGAAGGGCAAGGGCAAGGGUCCUCAAGGCGACAAGGGACGCUCAGGGCACCCUUGCGUGCGGACACAGGCUCACACUCAGCCGCCAGGCACCAUCCGUCAGCCUCUGAUCGCCUCUGCUACUGGGAGAGCGAGAGAGCAGAGAGGGAGGAGGAUCGAGAAGGCUGCAGCUGCACCUCAGCCAACCUCGGCAACCAGCCGCGAGGAGAAGGCAGCACCACCGCCAUGUGUCGCCUCACGUACGAGCAGCACAGAGCGGUCUUCCAUUGAGGACAGGCAGAGAGCAGUGCUUGCUCAGCUCAGGCGUGACCUGAGGGACACUGUGGCUAAGGAAGAGAGGUCAGCACUUUUCUGCAGUUGAUGUAUGGGGCCGGGAGGAGGGGUGGGCUCGUCGUGGCAUUGCUCUCUGUGUGCCUGUCUGCAGUUUGGCGUCGUCUUAUGCUGCCUCUGUAGAGAGCCAUGCUCGCGCCACGCAGCGUGUGAAUGAGCUCACCGAGGCCAUCCAGCAGCUGAAAGAGCAGACCACCACUCACAAGUGAGCAUUUAAUAGCAGAGCCACGCACAGCGGUGCCUAAGCACACGGUGUUCCUUCUCUGCUCUUUAGCUUGACUCGUGAUGCCUUGAUGGCUCUGGGCACCUCAUCUGCCGUGCGCCACUUCGACGAGCGGAUCAGCACAGAGGAGUGGCGGCUGGUCGGACUGAUGGAGCGGCUAGAUGACAUGGACAAGACAAGAGUACUACAGCAGCAACAUAGUAGUGGUGGUCGCGAUAGUUUGUGUGUGACGCAGCCGUCCUCUGCCAGUACGGAGGCACCUGCAUCAGAGUGAGUCAGCGAGAGCAGUGGAGACCGUGUCAGGCAUCACUACUCAUUUGUGAUUUUGUCAGGUCUGAGUUGGUUGGUGACGAGUUAGGUCUCACCGAGACUGAGCUGCGACGUGUGCUCAGAUCGACAAACGACCAUAUCACACAGUGAGCCGACGAGACGUACGAGUGCAUCCCCAGCUUGUAUCUGUGUUGGUCGCCUAGGUUGGACCGAGAUAUAGCUCGUGUGCAGUCCCAGUGUGAGUCAAUCCAGGAGCAAGUGAGGCGACUGGGAAAGGAAAAGGACGGCCUGUCCAAACAAGCAGCGACGGGGUAAGGAACAAGACACACAGAGAGAAAGACGCCAUCACCAACACGCUGCACCGCUCUGUCUAUCAGGUUGACGGCUUAUCGUGUGUCUCUCGUCAAGACCUGUGCUGACGUGGAUGUCUUCAAGCGCGAGAUAGAGAUGGCCCUGCAGCAGCUGCGCGCACUCGGCAAGGAGACCAGCAAGCAGGAGGGAAUCCUGCAGCAAAUGGAGCAGACGGCGGCAGAGCAGGCCAUGAGGGAUGGCACUUGUGUCGCCUGUCUCGAGCGACCACCAUCUGUGGUCUUCUUUCCCUGCAAGCAGCGGUGUCUGUGUGCCGGCUGCUGGGCCAAGAUAUCGCACAAUCACGAGAGAGCCAAGCGCGAGGCGGAGCGGCUGAGGCAGGCGGGACGGGACGACAAGGCAUGGCCGAUGUACGUGAGACGCGAUGCGGAACUGAGGUGUCCGGCGUGCCUCACAAAGGCCGUCUUUGCAUGUGAUGUGGAGGACAUCAAGGCGACCACGUGACGUACUGCAUGACGGAGGAGAGAUGGGUCUGGACGGCCAGGGGGUGGGGGGGCUAGUGCAUACGCGAGAAUUAGCUGACUCGUGACGGUGUUCGGUCGCAUUUCACUUCACCAUUUUAUUAUUAGCCAAGUACUCUGAUUCGUACGUGUGUCACAGCGUGGAGCUUGGCCACCACAUGAAUGAAUGAGAGGGGAGAGAACAGGGACUCGCCAGGGGGAGGAGGAAGGCUAGGUUGCCUGUGGCCUGUCUGUUUUGCUUGUUUGCCUGCCUAGCUCAUGACUCAAUCGCAUUUGCAGAGUCCGGCACAAGACGUACACUGCUAGUCCGUGAAUCGGCCAAGACAUCGCUCUGACCGUUCGUCCUUCCCUUACGCAUUAAGCCUACACGACACAGGCAGGCACGGCACACACAUCGCUUGUCUGUCCCCCGUUAAAUCGGAUUUUUCUAGUCAGCGGCUGUGUGGGUUUGCUGCGGGUCAGUGUGCGUCAGUGUGCGUGAAUGAAUGAAAUGAAUGAAUGGGGAGAGACAUGCGGAUGUCCUUUGAUGUAUCACCUUCCCAAC